AGAUUCAGCGGCUACUCUCACCGCUCAGUGUCCGCCUCCGGAGCCUCUCCCCCGGGCACUCUCUCCUGCUCCACCUCGGCCCCUGCGCUCGGAACACUGCCGCGCUCAGCCCGAUGGCAUCCUUCGCCGAGUACAUCGCUCAGAACGAGGAACGUGACGGUGUGCGUUUCAGUUGGAAUGUGUGGCCGUCGUCUCGCCUGGAGGCCACCCGCAUGGUGGUCCCCAUUGCGGCGCUCUUUACCCCCCUGAAGGAGCGUCCCGACCUGCCCCCCAUCCAGUAUGAGCCCGUCCUGUGCAGCCGCGCCACCUGCCGCGCUGUGCUCAACCCACUCUGUCAGGUGGAUUACAGAGCCAAACUUUGGGCCUGCAACUUCUGCUAUCAGAGGAACCAGUUUCCUCCGUCAUAUGCCGGGAUCUCUGAGGUGAACCAACCCGCAGAGCUCCUUCCACAAUUCUCUACCAUCGAAUAUGUCGUCCAGCCUUCGUCUGCGUCAAUGGGACUCUCACAGUUCUGGAGCCCAUGGAACAAGCGUGGCCCCCCCAUGCCACUCCUCUUCCUGUACGUGGUGGACACUUGUAUAGAGGAUGACGAUCUUCAGGCUCUGAAGGAGUCUCUGCAGAUGUCCCUCUCUCUGCUGCCCCCUGCUGCUCUGGUCGGUCUCAUCACCUUCGGGCGCAUGGUCCAAGUCCACGAGCUUGGCUGUGAGGGCAUCUCCAAGAGCUACGUGUUCAGAGGGACCAAAGAUCUCAAUGCUAAACAGCUACAGGAGAUGUUGGGUCUGACCAAACCUGCAGCGACUCAGGGACGAGCUCCUCAGACACAGCAGCCUCUGUGUAACAGGUUCUUGCAGCCGGUGCAGAAGGUAGACAUGAACCUCACUGACCUGUUGGGGGAGCUGCAGCGUGACCCUUGGCCUGUGACUCAGGGGAAGAGGCCCCUGAGGAGUCUGGGAGUGGCUCUGUCCAUCGCAGUGGGGCUGUUGGAGUGCACCUUCCCAAACACAGGCGCCCGCAUUAUGACGUUCAUCGGGGGCCCGGCAACGCAGGGGCCCGGCAUGGUGGUCGGAGACGAACUCAAGACUCCCAUAAGGUCCUGGCAUGACAUCGAGAAGGAUGGCGCCAAGUUCCUCAAGAAGGCUACCAAGCAUUACGAGUCGUUGGCGAGUCGAGCGGCAGCAAACGGUCAUAUCAUCGACAUUUAUGCCUGCGCCCUGGACCAGACAGGCCUGCUUGAGAUGAAGUGCUGCCCCAACCACACCGGAGGUUAUAUGGUGAUGGCUGACUCGUUCAACACAUCACUGUUCAAACAGACGUUUCAGAGAGUUUUCACUAAAGAUGUUCAAGGCUGUUUCAAGAUGGCCUUCGGUGCCACGCUGGAGGUCAAGACGUCCCGAGAGGUGAAAGUAUCUGGAGCCAUCGGCCCCUGUGUGUCGCUCAAUGCCAAAGGCCCCUGUGUCUCUGAGAAUGAGAUCGGAACAGGAGGAACGUCUCAGUGGAAAGUAUGUGGCUUUGACCCCAGCACCACUCUGGCCUUGUACUUCGAAGUCGUUAACCAGCACAACGCUCCAAUUCCUCAGGGCGGACGAGGAGCCAUCCAGUUUGUGACACAGUAUCAGCACUCGUCUGGACAGAGGAGGAUCAGGGUCACUACUACAGCCAGGAAUUGGGCAGACGCUCAGUCUCAGAUCCAGAGCAUCGCGGCGUCCUUUGACCAGGAGGCGGCGGCCAUCUUGAUGGCUCGUUUGGCAGUGUACCGCGCCGAGACUGAGGAGGGGCCCGACGUGCUGCGCUGGUUAGACCGUCAGCUCAUCCGCCUGUGUCAGAAGUUUGGGGAUUAUCACAAAGACGACCCAAACUCCUUCAGAUUCUCCGAGACCUUCUCCCUGUACCCUCAGUUCAUGUUCCACCUGCGCAGGUCUCCGUUCCUUCAGGUGUUCAACAACAGUCCUGAUGAGAGCAGUUUCUACAGGCACCACUUCAACCGCCAAGACCUGACCCAGGCUCUGAUCAUGGUCCAACCUGUGCUGUACGCAUACUCCUUCAACGGGCCCCCCGAGCCGGUUCUGUUGGACUCCAGUUCGAUUCUUCCCGACAGAAUCCUCCUCAUGGACACCUUCUUCCAGAUCCUCAUCUACCACGGAGAGACUGUGGCUCAGUGGAGGAAGGCGAAAUACCAUGAGAUGCCUGAGUACGAGAACUUUAAACACCUUCUCCAGGCUCCAGUGGACGACGCCCAAGAACUGCUCCACACCCGCUUCCCCAUGCCACGCUACAUCGACACAGAACACGGAGGAUCACAGGCACGAUUCCUGCUUUCCAAAGUGAACCCCUCCCAGACCCACAACAACAUGUAUACCUGGGGUCAGGAGUCUGGCGCCCCCAUCCUCACCGAUGACGUCAGUCUGCAGGUUUUUAUGGACCACCUUAAGAAACUGGCCGUUUCCAGUGCCGCCUAGAGCAAUCCCACGGACCCCAAAACUGUGGACCCCCCAACAACAGUACCACCUCCAAAAUGACCCCAAAGCCUAACCUUUCAACAUAGGACCCCCCCCUCCCACCCCAGCUGUGUCCGGCGCUGCAUAGAGCCCCCCUGGAUCCUCACAAACUGUGUAUCCCCCAAUAUACCCAAAGUAACCAGUGCUGUUUGGACCCACAAAACUCCUGUUAACCCUGUGUAAUGGUUACGUCUCCUCCCCUCUGUCCUCCUCCUUUCUGUUCCUUCCCUCUCCUCCUCUGUCCCUUGCUCCCUACCCUUCUCAUUCCUGUAUUCCUGCAUUGCUGCCUACCAUUUUGUCCUCCACUCGUCUUUGUGACUCUUCUCCUCUCCAUCUCCUGUUUUUGUUCACCUGUAAACCAGCUCCUGUCUCUCCUUUUCUCUUCCUCUCCUUCAUCUCUCCCCCUUUCAAAACCAUUUUCCUUGUGCACGUCCUCGUCUCUGAUUGGACAGAAAUGUGUAUGAAAAGUAGGUGGGCUUUAGUUUUGGUGAAAUGUGUUAAAGGUCAUUUUGAGGUCACUCUCGUGUCUGACUGAAAAAAUGUCUGCUGCAUCAAAGCUGUGUCCAAAUGUUCAUUUUACAAAGAGAUUAAAGGAAGUUCUGUUUAAAUUAUAAAUGUUACUGAACUGACAAAAAGUCAAUGUGUUUAUUUGAUAAAUUUCUAAUAAAAAUAUUAUGCUGCAG